CUGCAGCAUUCGGUGUGAGGGCUGCAGAGGAUAGAGCUUGCACAUUUGCUGAACUGCAAGCAGGUUAGUUUGCUUGGUGCCCAAGAGGGGAGAGAGAGGGUAGAAGGAACACCUGUGAGAUCCAAGCAAGAAAAUAGAUGAAAAAUUAGUCUCAAAUGAAAGUAGGGAUAACUAUUUCUUUGAAACCAGAUGUGGAGAUAAAUAACUCUGAAAUGGUGGAGAUGGCAGAUCCUGAAUUUACCCUUGGUGCCUUCACACUUCUGUUACUCAUUAGUUCUGUGGCUAAUUAUCCCAAUGGAAAAGUGACAGAGUCAUGUCACGGAAUGAUGCCUCUACAUGGCUAUGAUCCACAGUCUGGUCCCGUUCACAGCAUUUCAGUGAGUCAGAUGACAUUCAGACCAGGAGAUCAGAUCCAAGUUACUUUGUCAGGGCCACCAUUUAAAGGCUUUCUCCUAGAAGCUCGUAAUGCUGAAGAUUUGAAUGGUCAUCCUGUUGGCUCCUUCACACUGAUAGACAGUCAAGUGUCACAACUUUUGACCUGUGAAGACAUACAGGGAUCAGCAGUGAGUCAUACAAGUCCAUCCAAAAAAACAGAAAUUAAAGUCUACUGGAAGGCUCCGAGCGGUGCUCCUAAUCACAUACAGUUUCUAGCCACAGUUGUUGAGAAGUAUAAAAUCUACUGGGUGAAGAUUCCUAGUCCCGUAAUUUCACAGCCAAAUGCACUUCCUUUUACAACACCUCCAGCGACCACAGCACCAUCUUUGCCAGUGUCGCCUCCAGUUUCCCGUUUAACUAAAUCCUUCAGUGCCUCCGACUGUGGGAACAAGAAGUUCUGUAUUCGGAGUCCUUUGAACUGUGACCCAGAGAAGGAGGCUGGCUGUGUCUUCUUGUCCUUCACAAGAGACGACCAAUCAGUGAUGGUUGAAAUGAGCGGUCCCAGUAAAGGCUAUUUAUCCUUUGCGCUGUCUCACGACCGAUGGAUGGGUGAUGAUGAUGCUUAUCUGUGUGUCCGUGAAGAUCAGACAGUGAACAUACAGCCCUCCCAUCUGACAGGGCGAAGUCACCCAGUGAUGGACUCUAAGGACACUCUUGAGGAUAUGGCGUGGAGGUUGGCGGAUGGUGUCAUGCAGUGUUCUUUCAGAAGAAACAUUACCCUUCCUGGGGUUGAGAAUAGAUUUGAUCUAAACACAAGCUACUACAUAUUUCUAGCAGGUGGCGUGGCUCAUGGUGGUCGAAUUUACAAGCACUUUGAGCAGCCUUUGAUUACCUAUGAAAAACAUGAUGUGACGGACCACGCACAGAGCAUUGGAGGAUCCCAUUCUCUGCUUCUUUUGAAGGCUCAUGGUGCCUUAAUGUUCGUGGCGUGGAUUACCACUGUGAAUGUAGGCGUACUGCUUGCCCGGUUCUUCAAACCUGUUUGGUCAAAAACGUUCUUCCUGGGUGAAGCGGUUUGGUUUCAGGUGCAUCGGAUCCUCAUGCUCACUACGUCUGCUCUCACCUGUGUCGCUUUUGUGUUGCCUUUUAUCUACAGAGGAGGCUGGAGUAGGCACGCAGGUUUCCACCCGUACCUCGGCUGCACCGUGAUGACCUUAGCGAUUCUUCAGCCUCUUCUGGCAGCCUUCAGGCCACCUCUACACGACCCCAGAAGGCAAGUGUUUAACUGGACUCAUUGGAGUAUGGGUACAGCUGCUAGAAUAAUAGCAGUGACGGUAAUGUUCCUGGGAAUGGACUUACCAGGACUGAAUCUUCCUCACCCACGGAAAACCUAUGCAAUGAUUGGAUUCGUGGCCUGGCACGUCGGGACUGAGAUCAUUCUGGAGAUACAUGCUUAUCAACUCUCUCGAAAAGUUGAAGUAUGGGAUGAUGUUAGGAUUCAGAUCCUUCAGUCCUGUACUGUAGCCGAAGCAGAGGGUCAUACUUUCAAAAAGGCGGUAUUGACAAUUUAUGUCUGUGGGAAUGUGACUUUUCUCAUCAUAUUCUUAUCUGCAAUCAACCAUCUAUGAGGAAGGGGAGAACUUGGCUCUUGUGGGCCAUGUGAUAAUCAUCAUCAAAACAAAGAAACUUAAAGCCUGUACUGACCACCUGGGGCACAUUUAUGAAUUCUAAUUUGGAAGACCAGGGCCAUGUCUCCAGAGGAAUUCUGAAGUCAAGUCUUUAGAGGUCAACAUUCGAGAGUCAUAUAGAUUAUCAGCUGAUGUCAGACUGUUAUAUGGAAUUCUGGCCCUCAAGGGUGUACUUGAGGAGAAAUGAAUCUUCAGUAGUCAAUGCCAAGAUUUGAAGAAUGUUAGCCUUUUAGAAAAUAAAUAAGAAUGAUUUAGAAAAACAGAACAGAUGUUAUGAGGAUAAAAAGGAGAUUGUGUUAAAGUAUAUACAUAUUGGACAACAAAGCUGUGUUACUUCAAGAAAUAUUUAUUUGUACUUGUUUAUCUGAAUGGUCGUAGGACUAUUAAAACAGAAACUGUUCUUCAGCCCAGUUUUGGACACAUUCUUUGCUCUGUGUAUUUUGUUACUUCUCUGGUAAAGGUGGAAGUGGGCGUGACCCGAUUGUUGUAUUGACAUUUAAACAUUUUGUUAAUAUCACAGUUUCUUCCUCAGAAAUGAAAUGCAAGUAUUCAUCUUCUGCCUUCAGGCCUUCUUUAUAUAUUCUGCUGCAGAGCUAAAAUGGUGUUAUAUGUUAAUUGUUUUGUCUAUAACAUUUAAGUCCUUAUAGCAUCUGUAGACUUACAUUUCAAAAUUGAUAAAACUCACCCUUGUGAAUGUAGCUAACAAAUAUUCUCUUUAUUUGUAAAAUAAAAUGAUCUGGGCACUUCUGUUUUGUUAGACAUUCCUGAUGCUCUAAUGAAUCAGAAUAGUUAGUGUAUUUUUCUUCUUAGACCAUUACUUGUCUUCUGUUUUGUGGUUGGGUCUCAUAGUUGCUAUGAGUACUUCUAGCCAGUGGGUGGUGCUGUAAUACUGAGAUAUGUACGGCUUUGUUCCUAUUUCCUUGUGCUGAUUCAUUUUUAGUACUUGGAUAAUAACAUCAUGGGGUGGCUGCUCUCUUAAAUUCCACCAAAUCCUCUUAAUCUUUAUUCGAAAAAUUUUUGCAUUUGUUUUGGGGUCAGGUUAUGGUUUAGAAACUCAAAUUAGGGAUUGAUGUUGUGCUUUUUUAGUUUUAUGCAUUUGUUUUCUUACCAUGAUUAUUCAUAAUUGUUUGGUAUUUCCUUUUGCAUUGCCCUGACCUAUAACAAAAGAACACAAUACUCUCAGGGUAAGGAAACAAACAAAACUGGACAUUUAAAAAAUUGUCUUUAGGGAGUCAUACUUGAUUUCUUUAGGUAUUCUUUCUGAUUAUGUUAUAGUUUCUGGUUGGUCCAAGAACCUAAUUUCUAUAUGAUGUAAAUAAUAGACUCAGCUGUGUAUCCUACAUAUUUUACUGGGCAAAAUGAUA